GAUGGCGCAGAAGGUAGAAGAGCUGGACACCGAGUAUUCCAAGCAUGCCGAAGGCGUGAGGUCCAUGGUGGCCCUCCAGGACGAGGUGGAGCGUAUGCAGCGGCGCUUUGAGCAGCUGCAGCCCCUCAUGCUUCAAACAAGCAAGGAGACGGAGGCCUUGCUGGAGCGUGUAGGGAGGGAGCAAAUGCUGGCGGAUGACGCUGUGAAGAGGAUUACGAGCGACGAAGCGAGGGCGAGAGCCGAAGCAGAAGAGCAGGCAAAAGAGAGGGACUUGUGCGACGCCGAGCUGGAGAAAGCGAUGCCGCCACUCAGGAAGGCAUUGAAGGAAAUCAGCAAGAUCAACAAGUCGGAUAUUGCGGAGUUGAAAAGUCUCAAGAAGCCUCCACCAG